UUAGAUAGAUAAGUAGAUAACCUGGAUAGAAACUUCUCUCUCUCUCUCGUUUCUUUCGAUCAAAGAGAAUCAGCUCCAAGACCUAAAUUUUCAAGAGUUGAUCCAUCGCCGGUCCGUCUCCAAGCUCCGUCGUCGGUGUCUCCGGACCUUAGAGCACUGUCGUCGCCUCCGGCACACCUCAAAGCUCAAUUGUUGCUGCCAUCGGGGCCAUCCUUGUUCUUAGGAUGCUGAGUUUGAGGCAUCCUCUGGCCACUAUCAGUAUGAGAUUAGAUUCAGUCAAGCUUGGGAGGAAUCGCUGUCCAUGUCUGGUGGAAUGUGCUGCUAAAGGUCCUCGACCAAGAUAUCCUCGUGUAUGGAGAACAAAAAAGAAGAUAGGGACCAUUUCAAAGUCUCUGAAGCUUGUUGAAUGUAUAAAGGGAUUAUCAAAUGUCAAAGAGGAAGUAUAUGGUGCACUUGAUUCUUUCAUUGCUUGGGAAUUAGAAUUCCCCUUGAUCACAGUGAAGAAAGCUUUAAAAAACCUUGAGAAUGAAAAGGAGUGGAAGAGGAUAAUUCAGGUGACAAAAUGGAUGCUAAGCAAAGGUCAAGGAAGAACGAUGGGGACCUAUUACAUAUUGCUGAAUGCUUUGGCUGAGGAUGGAAGGCUUGAUGAGGCUGAAGAGCUAUGGCUGACAUUAUUUUCCGAGAACUUGGAAAGCAUGCCACGUAUCUUCUUUGAAAGAAUGAUUUCUAUCUACUAUCAACGAGAAAUGCACGAAAAAAUGUUUGAGAUAUUUGCAGACAUGGAAGAGCUUGGUAUCCGGCCGACUAUGUCAAUAGUUACGAUGGUUGGAGAUGUUUUCAAGAAACUUGACAUGCUGGACAAAUAUGAGAAAUUGAAAAAGAAAUAUCCUCCACCAAAAUGGGAAUACCGCUAUAUUAAAGGUAAGCGUGUCAAAAUUAGAACAAAAUACCAUGUCCAAAUUGAUACCGAUAGCAAGGCAAAAACAUCUGCUACAGAAGCUAAUAGUGAGUCAUGGGAAGUGCAUGAGAAUACAGAUGUUAGUUUUGAUGACUGUGAUGAGGCUGAUAACUUUUAUCUGCCUGAAACUGCUGGCUCAUCCAAUACAGAUUGACAAAUAUUUGUGUAUUCCUUAACAGUUCCACAUUUUCUCAUACUCAAUUCAGAAAAUUAUUUCUCCUGCAUAAUAUAUCAAACUUUAGAGUUGUUU